AUGGGUGACGUUGCCGAGUUCCUAGUUCAACACGAUCACAAUUUUAGGAGAGCUCGCUUGCCCGCUCUCUAUUCAGAUUUUAGGUCCCAGCGCACUCUCAACCCCGACGGCUUCCACGCCAAUAUUACUGCUUGGAGGGACGCCCUCGCGCGAGCCACUAGGGAGGGUCGGAUAUCCUCCGAUGCGUCUACCGCCGACCUAUUCAUCUUGUCGGUAAACGACCAUCUCCUCCGCAGCCUUGAAUACAAGCAGUAUGGCCGUCCAAUUGCGCUCGGGUCCGUAGUCAAAGAAGCUGUGUCUGAAAAGCAGUUUUUCCCUCUAGACGAGUUUUUACGGUCUAGGGAGAGCAUAUAUAGCCGUUCCUGGACAGCUGUGCCGAAAAGUGUUGUCUCCUGGGCAUUCCAGCAACUAUGGUCUUCGGAUUCGGCGAAGGGGGAUGAGGGACUGCCUCAGGGUCGUUUUGUUGUCCUGAAGAAUGUUGAAGCGGGAGCUAAAGCCUUGGCCGAGUAUGCGUCGACCUCCGCAUCGCCCUUCGAUCGCACGUUUACAAAAUCUCACUUCUACAAAACAUUCUGCAAAAAUCUCAUGGGCGGCCAUCGUAUUUCUCACCGCGACCUGGACGUGUUACUCAAAUACGCUUCCCGUGACAGGAACAUCAUAGCCUACGACGGCAAAACGAUCAGGCUACGAGGAGAUGUCACCAAUCCCGACCGUAGCAGUAUUACCGAGGAAGAUGCGGCAAUCUCAUCACUCAAGGAGCUCAUGGACGAUAUCAAGUCUCAGGUAGCCGCCAUGGAAACUCGAAUAGAAGACCUCACUUCAAAAGCGAAAGAAUGCGUGGCGCGAAACAACAAGAUCUCUGCCCUGAGUCUGCUGAAGUCUCGGAAGCUUACCGAAACCGCCCUCGAGAAGCGGCACGCAACCCUGACGCAACUCGAAGAAGUGGCCCAUAAAAUUCAGCAAGCUGCUAAUCAAGUGCAACUAGUAGAGGUCAUGGAGGCCUCAACUGGAAUCUUACGCUCCCUUAACCAGCAAGUCGGCGGGGUCGAUAGAGUUGAGGAGGCCGUGGAUAAGCUGAGGGAGCAGAUGGAGGAGGUUGAUGAACUCGGAAACGUUCUCGCGAGCGCGGGUACUGCAGCAGUUGUAAUUGACGAAGCGGAGCUGGAUAGCGAACUUGCUGAGAUGGAGGCAGCGCAGAAGCCUCAGAUGGAGCAAGCACAAGGUGCCUCCGUGGCAGAAGGCGCCAAGGACGCAGCGGAUCUCGAACGACGGCUCGACCAAAUACCAGCGGUACCAUCGGUAAUUCAACAGGGCGGCAUUGCGCACGAAGCGCAGGAAGCAGCACUGGGUGAACGAGCAGGGAGCCCCACGGAUGACGUCCUGCAGCGCACUGCGGGGUUACAACUCGAGGGAAAGUAG